AUGCCCCGCACAUACGGCAAGAAAAAGCAGCAAACGCGCCUCACAUUUGCACCGAUUGUGGAGACCUCUUCUCCGCCGCCGGGCGAGGCUGACACUUUUCAUUCCAGUCCUCUCCGCCCAGCAAGAAUCAGAUAUUCGCACCCUUCUUCUUUCUCAUCGAAAAGAGAUAUGGUUGUCAAGGGACAGCUGCAGUUAGAGGAUUAUAGCGCCGCAUCCAAGUCUCGCAGAAAUGCACCUUCUGCUAGUAGUAGCAGUGACGAGGGGCAAGUUAUGACUUCGAAUACACCCAGCAAGUCAAAGCAGAAGCAUUCUUCAUCCUCAUCUUCCCGCCACUCCGUAAAGGAAGAGCAUGGUGAAUCAUCUUCAGAGGGAGAAGUCGUUCAGUCGUCAAAGAGAAGACGCCCGUUCACAAUUGUAGUACCUGAUGACAGCGAAAGUGAUCAGAAGCCUCAACCCUCGACAUCUCGCAAACAGAAAAGAAAAGAAAAAGACACCACAUCCAAAAUCGCCAAAUCUAGCCGCCGCAGAGGUAGCAGCAAAAAGGCCGAUGAUACUGAUCAGAGUGAAUACUCUGCACCCAAGACUCGAUCUAUCUUGGGAACGAAGCGACAACUAUCCAGCAGCGGUGGUUCUCCACCGCGCAAGAAAUCAUUACUAGUCGAUCUGACAGAGCUAGCAGAGUCAGAGACAAGUGACGCAGAUGCUCUCGUUACUGCUCCUCCCUCUAGUCGUAAACGCAUAACAGCGACGCCAAAACGGUCUCAAGAUUUGUUCGUUGUUGAGGAAGAUGAUAGCGAGUCUGACAUAGUUCCUGUCAGUCGCAAACGCAAUACACCCAAGGGAAAGCAGAAAGUGGAAGACGACGAUGAUGACUCGUCGGACGACGUGGUCACUUCGACUCCAGCACGUCGAAUUCUAAGAAGAUCUCCGCAUACACCUAGGGGACCUCCUAUGGGCUCUCAGAAAACACCACUCUCCCGACAGGAUGAGCUCGACAUCCAGGAGGACCUGGAAGAUCUUAUGGAUACUGCUGUGAAGCAAAGCCGUACUCGUGGUGCACCGGUCAAUUCAGAGAGAAGUAAGCGCCAGAGACAUCUAGAUCUCUUACGCCGCCGCCGAGCUGGUCAAAAGGACUCUACAAACGCAGCAGACUCGACAGACGCAAGCGAGGAAGAAGAAUCCGAUGACGAGGACGACCACGCGGCGGACGAUAGCGCGGACGCAGUCUCCUUUCCAAAGAUAAACAUAUACGAUUACCACAAAAACGGCGACGAUGACAGCGAUGUCGAGUCCGAGCUAAACGCCGACGAAGACCUCGACCAAGACGACGCCUCAUUCGUCGACGCCGAUGACGAUGACAAAAUGGGCGUUCCAGCCGCCAGCGUACCCUUUGAAUUCAGUCGUCAUCGCACCAAACAACCACGCCAGUGUUUCCGCGACGUGGUAGAGUGGAUGGUACACAACAAGCUCAACCCAGCCUUUGAGCGCCACGAUGAUAUCUACCAGUUUGCGUUUCGGAAACUCGAUGACGAGGUGGUUGGUCGCGCUGGGUCACAGCUCAUUUCCUCAGUGUGGAAUACCGAUUUUUGUAAUGCGCUGCGUGCGAGACCGUAUAUCGAUGACACCAGCUUCCCGAUUUCCGACUUUUACAACUGUGCUGCGUGCAACCGGACAAAGCAUCCGGCAUCUUCUGAUAUCAGGUUGUUUGGUGAGCCAUAUUCAGAAGAAACUCUGGAGCCACUUGUCGAAAGCGAUGACGAUGAUGAAGAAGAGGACGACGAAGAGGAAGAGGAAGAGAGGCAAAACAGAGCAAAAAGGCCUGAUCGUGACCGAGAAGGAAAUCCUCUUCCUCCAGAAGACCAACAUUUCUACCUCGGAAAACACUGCAAAGCCAACGCCGUUCUAACCCACACGCUCCUACACUGGCGCUUCAAUCUCUACGAAUGGGUCGUCGACUACCUCGACGCCAAAGAGGGAUUUUCAGACCCCCAGCGCUCUGUUGAGCGAGAGACUCUAUCACGAAGGAAAAGAGCCAAAAUGGCCAACAAAGUCGUGGAUACGAUGGACAAGGAUGGCGAGAUUCAGCGUCUAUGGAGGGAUUUUCAUCAUACGCUGAAAGUAGCACGAGAAAAAACCGGUAUUUAG